GUGAUCGUACCAAGAAGUGGAAAAGAGCUGCCCGUGAGACCGGCAUUUGUGCUUUUGUUUCCGCCUGAAUUGUGUCUGUGCUGUUGUUACCAAGUGUUAUUUGUUACUUUUUUUUGUGUGAAAAGUGUGAUUGAUUGCACUCUGACCUGAGAACCCUUGCCGGAGGCGGUACUGGUUGUAGACGGAAAAUAUUUGUGCAGUUUUGCUACUCAACAGAUCGUAAGUUAUCACCCGCGUGCAUCAACAACAUGUACGGACCGCAACAACAACAACAACACCAAGAGUCAGACGGGCCAACCCUGAAGCAAGGAGGAUCCUACAUCAUGGAAGGACACGAAUCGGCGGAUGCCAAGAAUGUUAGCAUCAUUUUUUCCCCGCUGCAGGAGGAAGCCGGAGCGCUGGCCAAGAUGUUGAAGAUCUUCGACGAACAUCGGGUCAACCUGUUGCACAUCGAGUCGCGCUCGUCCACCCGUGGACCGGGAUACGAGUUUAUGGUCGAAUGCGAUAGCAAGAGUGCAAACCUAAGCACGGCCAUCGAGGCGAUCCGCAAGAAGAGUGACUACUUUAACAUUAUCUCGCGCGAUUAUAAGGAUAAUGCUGCUGCCGUCCCUUGGUUUCCUCGCCGAAUUCGUGACCUGGAUCGGUUCGCUAACCAGAUUCUGUCGUAUGGAGCGGAGCUCGAUUCCGACCAUCCCGGGUUCACUGACCCAACCUACCGUGAACGUAGGAAGUAUUUUGCCGAUAUUGCCUUCAACUACAAGCACGGUCAACCACUUCCGCAUGUCGACUACACGGAGGAGGAAAUCAACACCUGGAAGGUGGUGUUUAACAAUUUAACUAAGCUCUAUCCAACGCACGCAUGCCGCGAACACAAUCACGUUUUUCCGUUGCUGAUCGAAAACUGCGGCUACAGAGAGGACAACAUUCCCCAGCUGGAGGACGUAUCGAAUUUCCUGCGGGAUUGCACCGGAUUCACACUGCGCCCGGUUGCUGGGCUCCUCUCAUCCCGUGACUUCCUGGCCGGACUGGCGUUCCGCGUUUUCCACUCAACACAGUACAUCCGUCACCCGAGCAAACCGCUCUACACUCCGGAACCGGACGUGUGCCACGAACUGCUCGGCCACGCUCCACUGUUUGCCGAUCCUUCCUUCGCGCAGUUUUCCCAGGAAAUUGGAUUAGCUUCGCUUGGUGCUCCGGAUGAGUUCGUUGAAAAAUUAGCUACGUGCUUCUGGUUCACGGUCGAGUACGGAUUGUGCCGUCAAAAUGGCGAACUGAAGGCGUACGGUGCUGGUUUACUGUCGUCCUUCGGUGAGCUGCAGUACUGCCUUACCGACAAGCCGGAACUGCGUGAGUUCGAACCGAUCAAAACCGGUGAGCAGAAGUAUCCGAUCACCCAGUACCAGCCGGUGUACUUCGUGUCGAACAGCUUCGAGGAGGCCAUCCAGAAGAUGGUCCAAUUCGCCAACACCAUCCCGCGUCCGUUCGGCGUUCGCUACAACGCCUACACACAGAGUGUGGAAAUCCUCGACUCAAAGCCACAGAUUGCCGACAUGCUGCGAAACAUUCACGGCGAGUUCGAGAUUUUGCAGAAUGCCUUCAAGAAGUUGUAGAGAGAAAAUCGAUAGUUUUAAGCUAGUUUCAUAAGUCGACGAAUUGUUUCUAGUAAGAAUGUUACAAAGGAGGAAGAUUGAAUACUCAAACGCAUGAGAAAUGUUAUCUCGUCAGUAAGACAGCGAAAAACAACGCACAAGACUGUAUUGUUAAGCAAUGUACUCAAGGAAGAUUGUCUUUUUUUUAAUGAAUAAAGUACGAUUAUUU